UUUAACAGUUUUCACGUGUCGAUCGUCGGUGGCGCAUUUCUUUUUUUUCUGGAUUGAAACUCCGCGCCGUACUACUUGAGACCGGCAAAAAUGGGCAAAGACGAUGCCGAAACCACCGCCCUUAAGAAAGAGCUGGAAGAUCUCAUUAAUAAGUGCAAGGAAGAUCAAAAGAAACAGCAGGAUACGACGUUGGAGGAGGCGUGCAGUGGAGUAGCGGAUGCUCCGAAAGUUAAAAUGUCGACCAAGAAGCUUCUCAAGGGCCACAUUAACAAAGUCAACUCGGUGCACUUCAGUGGCGACAGUCGACAUUGCGUGAGCGGAUCGCUGGACGGGAAGUUGAUCAUCUGGGACACGUGGACCGGUAACAAGGUUCAAGUCAUCCCGUUGCGCUCGGCCUGGGUCAUGUCGGUGGCGUUCGCGCCGACCGGCAACUUCGUCGCCUGCGGCGGCAUGGACAACAUGUGCACCGUCUACGACUUGAACAAUCGCGACUCCACGGGAUCCGCGAAGAUCGUGAGAGAGUUGCUCGGUUACGAGGGAUUUCUAUCGUCCUGCAGAUUUCUGGACGACAAGAAGAUCAUCACCGGAUCUGGCGACAUGAAAAUUUGCAUAUGGGACCUCGAAGCCAACAAGAAGACAACGGACUUCGAGGCGCACGCGGGCGACGUGGUGAGCAUCAGCUUGUCCCCCGACGGCAACACUUACAUUACCGGCUCGGUCGACAAAUCUUGCAAGUUAUGGGAUUUACGAGAAGAAAAAACUAAACAGACGUUUUUCGGCCAUGAAGCUGAUGUAAAUUCCGUUUGUUAUCAUCCCUCCGGACAGGCUUUCGUGACAGCGUCUGAGGAUAAGACGGCAAGACUGUGGGACAUCAGAUCCGAUCAACAGCUAGCCACGUAUAAGCCACCGAACUCGAAUCCUGGAUUUACAUCGUGCGGCCUGUCUCUGAGCGGUAGAUACAUAUUUUGCGGCAGCGACGAUAAUUCCAUUCACAUAUGGGACGUGCUGAAGAAUCAACACAACGGUGUCUUGUCAGGCCACGAGAACAGAGUGACGUCCCUCAGCGUCGCCGGCAACGGGAUGGCAAUAGCCAGCUGCUCCUGGGAUCAGAAUGUACGAGUUUGGGUGUGAAUAUAACAAGACUUAUUAUACGCAAAAAGAGAAUUAAUGAAAACACUGGACGAGAAGUAUAUUGGGUUGUUCGAAAAGUUCGUAGCGUUUCUUUAAUAGGUGCGCGCAGAUACUAAAAACAUCGAACAGCAUCGCAUACGGAACAUUUACAGAGAGAAGCUAAAUUUACGCGAGUCGGUGCGGAUAUACAAGUCUCUUAAACAUUCAUUAAAAAAAUUAACUACUUUACUGAACAACUCAAUAUUACCAAUAAUACAUUGAUAUCAAAGAGCCUUCGAUCGAUUCUUCUUACACGAUACUUGCACAGAGAGCCUUACUCGAGUUCUCGUCGACAAGCAAGAUGACGCGCGUUCAGUCUAUAAUUACAACAUAAUCGAUAUCGUUAAGCGUAUUAAAAUACUUUCUUGUUACUUGCAUUCAUUGUAGCCUAAACACACGAAAAAUGUUACAAUUAAAUACAUUGAAAUAUAUCUUACACGAUUGUGAUAUAACAGAAGCUGCAACUUGUGAUGUUACCGUACCGUAUAAUCCACCGUAAAUAAAAAAAAAACAAAAAAAAAAAAAAACAAAAAAUUACCUCAUCUUCAAAAAUGCAGCAGUAUUGAAUAAUAUAUUCGUGAUUACAUGAAACACACACACAUACGCUGAUGUUUUACAGCGCAAAUUGCACAUUGCCUGUUAUUUAUUUCUACAACAUAGAUCAAUAUUACACGAUUUAUUCCUAUUGAUGCUGCA